UCCUUAUCAAAACUCAGUUGCUGAACUAAGGGUGUACAUAAUCACAUUCAAAUGGUGUUGGCAGAUUUGGGAUCACGCUUGAGGGGUGCUCUCUCCUCCGUCGACUCGGCGUCUGAGGAUGAAAUCAACUCAAUGGUUAAGAAUAUUUGCACGGCUCUUCUCGAAUCGGAUGUGAAUAUCAAGCUUGUGGUAAAGCUCAGAGACAAUAUCAAGGCCAAGGUCAAGUCGGAAUUAAAGGAGAAUGAAACGUCUGCCAACAAGCGUAAAAAGCUUCAAAAGAUCAUCUACGACGAAUUGUGUGGAUUGGUGGAUUCUCAUGAAGAACCUCCCAAGCCAAAGAAGAUAAGUCAAACCAAAAGUCAGGCCUCGACUAAGGUUAUCAAUGGUAAGAAGACAAAGGUUGUUAAAUCUACCGGGGCCAACUCUCAUAUUAUCAUGCUUGUCGGUCUUCAAGGUGCCGGUAAGACCACUUCCUGUACCAAGUUGGCAGUGUGGUACAAGAAAAGAGGUUAUAAAGUAGGUCUUGUUUGUGCUGAUACAUUCAGAGCUGGUGCCUUUGACCAGUUAAAGCAAAAUGCCAUCAAAUCCAAUAUCCCAUUUUAUGGUAACUAUCAUCUCACCGAUCCAGUGCAAAUCGCACAUAUGGGUGUAUCCACCUUCAAAGCAGAAAAGUUCGACAUUAUUAUCGUUGAUACUUCUGGUAGACACAGACAAGAACAAUCACUUUUUGAUGAGAUGGUGCAGAUCUCUGAAAUGAUCAAGCCAACUCAGACCAUCAUGGUUAUGGAUGGUUCUAUCGGACAAGCUGCCGAACCACAAGCUAAAGCAUUUAAAGAGAGUUCUGAUUUUGGUUCUAUCAUCUUGACCAAGAUGGAUGGCCAUGCCAAAGGUGGUGGUGCAAUUUCAGCAGUUGCAGCUACCCAUACUCCAAUUGUAUUCAUUGGUACAGGUGAACAUGUGAACGACUUUGAAACUUUCAAGCCAACUACAUUCAUAUCGAAGCUUUUAGGGAUUGGUGAUAUCCAAUCCUUGAUUGAACAUGUCCAAUCAUUGGACUUGCAAAACGACGAAAACCAUAAACAAACUAUGGAUAAUAUCAAAGAAGGUAAAUUCACCCUUAGGGAUCUUCAAAACCAAAUGAACAACUUUUUAAAGAUGGGACCAUUAACAAAUAUUGCAUCAAUGAUACCUGGUCUCUCUAACAUAAUGUCUCAAGUUGGUGAGGAAGAAACAUCUAAAAAAAUCAAGAACAUGAUCUACAUCAUGGAUUCUAUGACUCAAAAGGAAUUAGACAGUGAUGGUAGAAUUUUCACAAAGGAGCCAUCUAGAAUAAUUAGAAUUGCCCAAGGCUCAGGAUGCUCUGCGGCUGAAAUUGAAAUGGUUUUGCAACAACAUAGAAUGAUGGGCUCAAUGGCCAAGAGUGCCAUGGCAGCCUCGGGUGGUGCUCCUGGCGGAUUACCAGGCAAUAACCCACAAAUGGCUAGAAUGAUGCAGCAAGCACAAUCCAACCCUAACUUCAUGCAGCAAGCUAUGAAUAUGUUCGGAGGUGGUGCUGGUGGUGCUGGUGGUAUGCCAGAUAUGGGAUCUUUGAUGAACAAUCCAAACAUGAUCCAGCAAGCACAACAAAUGAUGAGACAAAACCCUCAAAUGAUGCAACAAGCACAACAAAUGAUGCAAAACCCAGGUAUGAUGCAAAAGCUCAUGAGUCAAUUCGGUGGAAUGGGUGGCAUGGGUGGCAUGGGGGGAAUGUAAAUACGAAGGUUUCCCAUUUAUCAAGAAUUUAGGUUGGUUGUAAGAACUGCAUCGGCUAUAUAACUUGGUAGUUAAUAUAUCUACGAUUUCACUUCUAUACUAAGUAG